UUCCCAGCACAAUGACCAUCCCGAUCUUGUUUUCUCUGCUCUCCAUCCUCCUGACCCUCCUCCAUCCGAGCUCAGGAGACACGCUCCCUGAGGACAUAUUCAUCCUCGCCGGCCAGAGCAACAUGGCGGGCCGGGGUGGCGUCACGGCCAGAAAGUGGGACCGAUAUGUGCCGCCACAGUGCAGACCCAACCCGUCCAUACUCCGGCUCAGCGCCCAGCUCGCCUGGUCUGAGGCGGUGGACCCACUCCACGCAGACAUCGACGUGAAUCACGUCUGCGGGGUUGGCCCCGGGACGUGUUUCGCGAGCGCGAUCAAAUCCAAAGACCCCAAGCUCGGGGUGGUGGGGCUCGUGCCCUGCGCCGUGGGCAGGACCAAGAUCGCGAAAUGGGCCCGCGGGACCCCCUUGUACAACCAGAUGGUGAGCCGAGCCACGGCGGCCAUAAAGAGCGGAGGCACCAUAAGGGCAGUGCUUUGGUAUCAAGGGGAGAGCGAUACGGUGGUUCGAGCGGACGCCGAGGCGUACAAGAGCAACAUGGAGAAGCUCAUCGGGGACAUUCGCACUGAUCUUAACAACCCUUCUCUUCUCAUAAUCCAGGUGGCCCUUGCAUCAGGAGAAGGGAAAUUCGUGGACACAGUGAGGAGUGCUCAGUUGGGCAUAACACUGCCCAAUGUGAAGUGCGUAGACGCAAAAGGCUUGGACCUCAAGACGGAUCAUCUCCACCUCACCACCACCAGUCAGCAUCACCUCGCUUCCCUGUUGGCCGAUGCCUUUCUCGCUUCUCGGUGAAUGAUUUCUUCUUCGACAUCAAUAAUUUUUUGAAAUCUGUUGCUUUUCUGAUGUAUGGAGGAAGUACUUGGCAUAUACUUG